ACCUCAUUAGUCCUAGCCUCGGCAAUUAAAAUUUUUUUAAAAAUAUUUUGCAAAUAACCUAUAUCAUAAAUCAUCAGUACUGAUAGUGGCUUUUGGAACGCGUACAUUAAUUGAAAAUUAUGCUUAAGAUUCCAAACCCGCUCAAGAUGCCUAUUUCUGAACAACAGCCUCGUAUCACCAAGAUAGAGCGGCCAACUCCGGGAAAAAGACUUAAUCCCUUGAAAAUAUCCAUGAUUCAACCACACAGAACAGUGGCGAAAAACAACCCAAAUGUAACUGAAGAUCUUAAAAGCCGGUUGCAGGUUCUUCAGAGGCGAGUCAAGGAGUGGAAAGCUACAAACAAUGUCUAAGAUACAAUGUAAAGCUGGGGAGUUUGCAGAAUAAACUUUUAGUAACUAA